AUGCAAGAAAAAGCCCCCAAACAGUUCGUAGCUAUUAUUCAAGACUAUACAGAUCCUGGGGCCCUUCAACGUCGAUUAGAUAUCCGUAAUACUCACUUAAAGUUUGCCUUAGAAGCUCAAGAUAACGGCAUCUUGAACCUCGGUGGCGCUAUUUUAGAUGAUCAUGAUUCGCGCAAAAUGAAAGGCAGUGUUUUAGUGUAUUCUGCAGAAUCAAAGGAGGACGUCGAAAAGAUCAUUUUGAGUGAUCCUUAUUACAAAGCCAAGGUGUGGGAAAAAUGGGAGAUUUUACCCUUUAAUCUUGCCGUUGGACAGAUUACAAAAUAG